UGGAUAUGAGGAGCUGUGGAUGAGUGUGUUGUGGUAAAAAAGUUGUUUGUUUUGGGGUUUGCUAGUGGAUUCUAACAUACAACUGUUACAACCGCUCUUUGGGGUCGACCUUGUUUUAACAUUUUUUUUUUGUCAGCUGUGUGUCUCAGCUGGCUCCAGAUGACAGUUGGGAUUCCAUGGCAGGAUGGGUAUAAAUACCCCUCACAAUGGAGCUUUCCCAGUCGAUGAAACCACAGCUCCUCAUUACAGAUGCUCCAAGCUGCAACAGACUUGCCGACGUACAUGGUGUAUGCAGCGCGGAGGCGUCUGGCUCCAGGGCUUCCCUUGUGCUCCCAUGCGGAAAGGGCCCCCCAAGGGAGCUGACGCCAGCUGACACUGAAAAACAAGGGAGAAAUAUCUUUUUUUCAUCAUGGCGGGAAGAAGCCUGGAGACAGAUGGCCCCAGAUCCGCGGUGCCUGAUGAGCUCCAUCCUCCGCACUCCGAGUACUCUCAGUGGAAGUUUAAGCUGUUUAGGGUGAAGUCCAUGGAGAGGGCCCCUCUUCCCAGUGAGACACAGUCUGAGUUAGGAGCCACGCCGGCCGUCUCAGCUCCAGCGGUUUCUGAUAAAGAGACUGGUUUUGGUGAGGCUCCUGCCAGUGUUAUGAAACUGUGCCUUGGGGGGAAAAGUAAGGAGAAUGUGGAGGGUCCUGGCAGGCGUGUGGAUAUGAAGCUUCAGGAAAUGGACACCCACAUGAACCACCUCAGGUGUUUGUGCCGCAUCUGUGGCACGGCCCUGAGGAAAGUCAAAGGACCAGUGCAUGAAGUUCAUGGCAAGCUGGAGGAGACAAGCAAAUGUGCGCUGCGUAAAAUGGGAUGCAAGUUCACAAGCUGGCCUCAGAUCAUCCUGAGCGUCUUCAAAGUGGACGUGACAGAAGACGCAGAGUCCAUUCACCCGCUCUUCUUCUGCCACCGCUGCUGUAUGGUCGCCAUACGAGGAGGGGGGGUUUGUAGCUUCACCAGAACAAAAAUUCCUGAAUGGAAGCCUCAUUCCUCCCACUGCCAUCUUUGCUAUCCAAAGAAAAUUUCCUUCCAAAGAACAGGAAGAAAAAGGAGAAAAGUCAUUCCCAGAGCGCAGAGUCUGGCAAAAAGGAGCAGAUGGGACCACAGUGACAGCGUUUCUCUCGAGAAGAAAGGCCUGAGCCAAUAUGGAGAACGUCAAGGUCCUGUGCUGAGAGCGUGGAGGAAAGCGGGCCUCCAGAGGGAGCAGUGGGUCAGGAGUAUCACACACUGCCAAAAAGAGCACCUAAGCACCAAGCUGAUCUCUGAAAAACUUCCUGUGGACUUCAUCAUCUCCCUCACCUGCCUCGUGUGUGACCACUUACUCUGUGACCCAGUUCAAUCCCCCUGUGGGCAUCUCUUCUGCCGCAGCUGUAUUAUGAAAUUAACCCACGUUCUGGGACCUCACUGCCCCGCCUGCAACUUUUCCUGUACCCCAGAUGAUCUCAUCCCUCCACCCAAAACCUUUCUAUCAGCCCUGCAUUCCCUGCUCCUGCUCUGCCCUUCUGACGGUUGUGACGAAGAAGUCCGACUCGAUUCGAUUAAAGCCCACUGUCUGAGCCACAAAUUGGAAAACGGAGCAAAUCGACAGACAUUAGAGUUUGACAACUACCUGCUUGCUAAUAAAGGCGGAAGACCCCGCCAGCACCUGCUGUCACUGACCCGCCGGGCUCAGAAGCACCGGCUGAGGGACCUGAAGACCCAGGUGAAGGAAUUUGCGGACAAAGAAGAGGGCGGCGAUGUCAAGUCCGUUUGUUUGACCCUGUUCCUGCUUGCACUGAGAUCCUCGAAUGAGCAUCGGCAGGCAGAUGAGCUGGAGGCCAUGAUGCAAGGCAGAGGAUUCGGUUUGAGUCCCGCUGUGUGUUUGGCUAUCCGGGUCAACACUUUCCUGAGCUGCAGCCAGUAUCAUAAGAUGUACCGCACUGUCAAAGCCACAAGUGGACGCCAGAUCUUUCAGCCCUUGCACACUCUCCGAGCCGCCGAGAAGGAGCUCCUGCCUGGCUUUCACCUUUUUGAAUGGCAGCCAGCCCUCAAAAACGUGUCUACAUCUUGCAAUGUUGGCAUUAUUAAUGGACUCUCCGGGUGGACGUCAUCCGUUGAUGAUUGCCCAGCUGACACCAUCACUCGGCGUUUUCGCUAUGAUGUGGCACUGGUGGCAGCUUUGAAGGAUCUGGAGGAGGACAUCAUGGAUGGGCUGAGAGAGAGCGGGAUGGAAGACAGCGCUUGCACCUCAGGCUUUAGCGUUUUGAUCAAAGAGUGCUGUGAUGGCAUGGGUGAUGUCAGCGAGAAACACGGUGGGGGACCAGCUGUUCCUGAGAAAGCUGUCCGCUUCUCUUUCACUAUAAUGUCUAUAUCUGUCCAAGCAGAAGACGGAGACGAAGAAGUGACUGUUUUCACGGAGCCUAAGCCAAACUCAGAGCUGUCCUGCAAGCCCCUUUGCUUAAUGUUUGUUGAUGAGUCAGACCACGAGACUCUCACAGCCAUCCUGGGGCCGAUAGUUGCAGAGCGAGAUUCAAUGAAACACAGCAGGCUCAUCUUGUCCAUUGGAGGCCUGCAACGCUCCUUUCGCUUCCACUUUAGGGGCACGGGUUACGAUGAGAAAAUGGUGCGUGAAAUGGAGGGCCUGGAGGCCUCGGGGUCAACUUAUGUUUGCACACUGUGUGACUCCAGCCGCGCAGAGGCUGCUCAGAACAUGGUCUUACACUCCAUCACUCGCAGUCACGACGAGAAUCUUGAACGCUAUGAAAUAUGGAGAACCAACCCCUAUUCUGAGUCUGCUGAUGAGCUGCGGGACAGAGUCAAAGGCGUGUCUGCCAAGCCGUUCCUGGAGACGCAGCCCACGCUGGACGCAUUACACUGCGACAUCGGCAAUGCCACAGAGUUUUACAAAAUCUUCCAGGACGAGAUCGGAGAAGUGUACAAAAAGGUCAACCCCAGUCGAGAGGAACGGCGGAGCUGGAGGGCAGCCUUAGAUAAACAGCUGAGGAAGAGCAUGAAGCUCAAGCCAAUAAUGAGGAUGAAUGGAAAUUACGCCCGCAAGCUAAUGACCAUGGAGGCUGUGGAGGUGGUGUGUGAGCUGGUGCCAUCAGAGGAGAGAAGAGAGGCUCUCAGGGAGCUGAUGAAGCUUUACCUUCAGAUGAAGCCAGUGUGGCGGGCCACGUGCCCAGCCAAGGAGUGCCCCGACCAGCUGUGUCGCUACAGCUUCAACUCCCAGCGUUUUGCUGACCUCCUCUCCUCUACCUUCAAAUACAGGUACAACGGAAAAAUAACAAAUUACCUGCACAAGACCCUGGCUCAUGUGCCCGAAAUCAUAGAGAGAGAUGGGUCCAUAGGGGCCUGGGCCAGUGAGGGAAACGAGUCGGCAAAUAAACUUUUCCGGCGCUUCAGGAAGAUGAAUGCUCGUCAGUCAAAGGCCUUUGAGCUGGAGGACGUCCUGAAGCACCACUGGCUCUACACUUCCAAGUUCCUGCAGAAGUUUAUGGAGGCUCACAAGGACUCUGCUAAAGCUUUCCAGGCCACCAUCGACCCAGUGGAGACCCUAGAUGAGGCCACUAUCGACCCAGUAGAGACCCUAGAUGAGGACAUGUCUCUUGAAGUUCCUGAUUUAUGAUUUUUAUCCCAACAAACCUUUGAUUAAUUCCAUUUUAGUUUCAUCUUUGCUCAUUAUGUUUUGGUCAGUAUUUUCUUUUCAACUCCUUGAGUUAAAUACUGGUUCAUUUUUUUCAAAUUUCUUCUAAAUCUUGUUUGGAUUUUGUGUAUCUUGGUGAAUGUCACCGUUUUAUUAGAGUGCUUAGUGAGUUACUCAUGUUUUAUGCUUGAAAUGUAUAUGUUUUCAAAAGUCAUUUUAUUUCCUAACGCAUCUGACUUGUUUUCUUUCUUGCUUGUAAAUUCUUUUACUUCAAACUAUCUUCAAAGAAACCAAAGUUCUCUGCAUUUUUUCAUGCUCUUCUUUUUGUAAUCUUUGCCAUGUGAAAUAUGGUGCAAUUUAUUGUGUUGCAAGGGCAUGACAGAUUUAUGAAUUUUUACAGAGCGAAUAUUUAUGGAAACAGAUGAAAGAGCUGCAAGUCCUGAAGUGAAAUUGUGUUAAAAAGAUCUUGUUUGUGGCCACUGUUUUAAUGUAUCAUUUUAGCUGGUGGGAAAUGCAAUCACAGAGACCCAAAUGUUCUUUGUUUUAUGAGGGGCCUCUAAAAAAGAUUACUUUAGUGCUUUAUCUUAGGUCCCUGAGGGCCAGAAUAGAUGCUUGGUCACUUUGAAGUAAUUCUUUUCUUUAUCUCUCUUAGUUUUUGCACAGUAGAGGAUAGAUGAUGCCUUUUUUAAUCUUUUUUAAUAAAGUAUAUACUGACCUUUUUAUUGGUAGAAAAAUACAGAAUGGUCCAUUACGAUGUUUAAUGCUCCAUGGACCUGAAAAAGGAGAGGAUGUUUUUUUUUUAGACCUCUGUUUCAUUUUUUGUAACCGUCUCUGCUGACAGAGGAGAGCGAUGGGCGGAAGCCAAAGAGACCUUGAAUAAACUGAUUUGUUGGCAACUUUUAUUUAUUUGAUUGAUUGAUUACACUGUCUUUUCGUGCUCGCACCAUUUUGAAUUGUGACGGGUAAUUUUGCUUUCUUAUUUGAUUGAAUACUUGAUUUUAUUUUACUGUCAUAAGUUUGACUAGAUGUCUGUGAUGAAAUAUUCACAUUUUACCCCAUGGUUGUCAGCCAGUCCUGCAAUAACAUCAUUUUUGAGCAAGUUUCAUUGGAGUUUGUCUCACGUCUGUUUUUGCAGUAAUGAAUUGCAUUUCUAAACUAAUGGAUGAUGGAUGAUUCUGAAAAUUCCAAUUCUUCACAUUUCAGAAUGUUUUCCUUAUUUUAUGCUUCCACACCUGCAGCAUUUAUCAGUGAAGGGUUUACUGGGAUUGCAGCAGGGAUCCUCUGGUGACUUUUAUUUACAGGCAAUACAACAAUAUCACACUAAUCAGUUAUUUUCUGUGCACAUUUAUUCAUUAUUUUCAUUUUGUAUGUGCAGUUAAUGCACUACACAAAGCCACACAUCCACAAUCAAAAUGAUGAGAUAUUUUUUGGAUGAUGGAGUUUGUGCAUUUAAUGUUUACUAAUGUUUUAAAUAAAGAGAAAAAAAACAUGA